CGGUCCGGGCUUUGGCGAGCGCCCCGCGGACGGCCCGGAGGUCUGCCCUUCUCCCGCCCGGGCGGCUGCAGCCCUCCCCUGCCCGGACCUCCCCCCCCCACGGCCGGCCGUCCGUCCGUCCGUCCGUCCGCCCGCCCGAGCGAUGAGCAUUGAAACGCUGCUGGAGGCGGCCCGCUUCCUGGAAUGGCAAGCGCAGCAACAACAGAGAGCACGUGAGGACAAUGACAAGCUGCGGCUGGAGCGGGAGCAGGAGCAGAAGAAGGCCAGCGCGGCGAGGGUUAACCACGCCCUGCCCCGCGAAGAGGCCCCCCCGGUCCCGCCACCCGCCCCCCCACCCGCCCUGGCCGCCCCCCUGACGGUCAUCCCCAUCCCUGUGGUCACCAGCUCCCCGCAGCCCCUGCCACCGCCUCCACCACCACCGCCUCUGCCCCCCCCACUGCCCCUGGCCCCACGCCAGCCCCCCCUGGUCGGCGCCCCCGGGCCGAGCGGGAAGGACCCCGGCCUCCCCCUCCCUCUCAUCCGGCCCCCCGCCGCCCCCUCCCUCCUGCCGGACGCCACCAAGGUGGCCGCCCCGGCCUCGGGCAGCCCCAAGCCCCUGCAGCCUUUCCCCACGUCCAUCCUGACGGUGGUCCAGCAGCCCAGCCAACCCCAACCGCCACCCCCGCAGCCGCCGCCCCCUCCUCCCCCGCCCCUCGGGGCUCUAAAGCUCGCACCCGCCGAAGACAUCAAGCCCAACGAGCAGAAGAAGCGUCCCGGGGGGAUCGGGACCAGAGAAGUGCACAACAAGCUGGAGAAGAACAGGCGGGCCCACCUGAAGGAGUGCUUUGAAACCCUGAAGCGGAACAUCCCCAACGUGGAUGAGAAGAAAACGUCUAAUCUCAGCGUCCUCCGGAGCGCCCUGAGAUACAUCCAGACGCUGAAACGAAAGGAAAAGGAGUACGAGCACGAGAUGGAGCGGCUGGCCCGGGAGAAGAUCGCCGCUCAGCAGCGCCUGGCGGAGCUGAAGCACGAACUGAGCCAGUGGAUGGACGUGCUGGAGAUCGAGCGGGUGCUCAGGCAGCCCGGGCAACCGGAAGACGACCAGGCCUCCACCUCUACGGCCUCGGAGGGCGAGGACAACAUGGAAGAGGACAUGGAAGAGGACCGGCCCAUCUCCGGACUGCCCAAGCUGGGCCAGCGGCCUCAGGCCGAGCCCCUGAAGCCAGCUCCCCUGCCCCCCGGUGCCACCCCCAGCCCGGCCCCCCACUCCCAUCCAGCGGCCCUGCCCCCUCCACACCUUCCCUUACCGCAGAAGCCUCCCCUGCACCCCCCACCGCCCACGGCCGCCACCCCCUCAGCCCUGGUCCCGGCCUCUGCCCACUUGGUGGCCACUGCGGCGGCGGCGGCGGGCAGCUCGACGGUCAUCGCUCACACGGCCACCACCCACGCCUCGGUCAUCCAGACUGUGAACCACGUGCUCCAGGGGCCAGCCGGCAAGCACAUCGCCCACAUCGCCCCCUCGGCCCCCAGCCCCGUCCAGCUGGCCCCCGCCACCCCCCCCAUCGGCCACAUCACCGUCCACCCGGCCACCCUGAACCAUGUGACCCACCUGGGGCCCCAGCUGCCCCUGUACCCCCAGCCCGUGGCGGUCAGCCAGCCCGUGGCGGUCAGCCACAUCGCCCACACCCUCUCCCACCAGCAAGUGAACGGCACAGGGGGGCUGGGCCCGCCAGCCGCCGUCAUGGCCAAGCCGACCGUGGGGGCCCAGGUGGUCCACCACCCCCAGCUGGUGGGCCAGACGGUCCUGAACCCGGUCACUAUGGUGACCAUGCCCUCGUUCCCUGUCAGCACUCUGAAACUGGCCUGAAGGGGAAGCCGCCGAGAGGCCCCGGGCUCAACACCUACCCGGGGUGAGAGCCAGGCAUCUGGGCCCCAAGCAGGCUGGGGUCGGGGGGCAGGGGCACGCUUCCCUCCCCCUCCCACCCCCACCCCGGUCGGCCUCAUACAUUCCAGCCCGGCCCUGGCCCCUCUCCCCAGGGGGCCGGGAUGAGGGGUAGAGACUUGGAACCCGGUACGGGGGUUGGUGUGGGGCCGCACCCCCUCCCCGCACUCCCGGGAGCCGGCAUACGGGCCGGGACACGGUGGGGUACGGGGCAGGGGGUAGGCAGGGGCCCGGCCUCGCUGCCCUUGGACUUGUGGGUGAGCGUGUCCCCAUCCCCUCCGUCCGCCUCCAGCCUCCCGCUUCCCCCUGUGAUCGGUGAGAUGUGGAUGUGAUGUUCAUGGUUUCGGUCUUCCCCCAUCCCCCUCGUCCUUCCCUUUUCACGUGCUGCUACUGGUGCUGCUUGGUAGGGCGAGGUGGCUGAGCUGGGGGAAGGCGGAGCGGGGCCACCCCGGGAGGGUGGGGGUGGGGACCGUGAUUAGGGUGACCGGUGAGGGAGGGGGGUUCUGGCAGGUGGAAAGCGGGAGGUGUGGGGAGCCGGGGCUCAGGAUAACCAGGCAGGGGCUGAAGGGCCAGGUCCACCCUAAGCCUAGACACUGCCCCCAGGGCGGCUGAACCCCGCUGGGGUCACUAUGAUGUGGAACAGUGGAAACUAAGGAAAUUCUCUACAAAUAAAGUCUCUAACAUACACACACACACACAUACACCCAUUAAACAGGUUCUGGGGGUGGGAUGGGGGGAGUUGGCUCUCAUGUGGCUCAGGCCAGACUCUGCUCCAGGGAAGUGGGCCAGAGGAAUCUCUGAGUGGGUGCGGUUGGUGGAGGGGAGAGAUGUAGGGGCUGGGCGGACCACUUUUAGGGACCUUUCGGGUCGGCUGGACAGCUCCAGGGAAGCCCCUCUGGCCGUUGGAUGCGUACCCUCCCAACCCCUGGACCCCCACUCCAGCUUGCCUGAGACGGGGCUGGGGUUUGCACAGCUGCCAGGAAGUUCCAUCUGGCAUGGCCAGACACACCUGGGGGCAGUGGUCCUCUCCCAGCUGAUGAGGUUGCUUUGUUCUCCGGCCUCAGGAUCCUAUACAAAGCUUGCCCAGGGAGUGCAGUAGAAGAAGGGUUCCCAGAGGCCUUUGGGACUGAAAUGGUCUUGUUGGGAAGUUGAGCCUCAGGAAGCUUGCCCCCUCCCCAGACCUGCCAAUGUGGCUGUAGCCCCUGCAGUGAAAAAAUUCCUAGGGAGAGUAGCUCGGCCAUCGCACGUCCCUCCCCAUCCGCGGGUUUCCCAAUACCUGUUUUCUUAGCCCAGAUUGGUGGAGUUGUAACUGGUGUGCAAGUGUGCGUGUCCCCUCGCCGUCUGCGGACACGGUCAUGCCGAGGGAGCAGGGAAAUGGUAUGAUUGGGUCUGGGUGAUGUGAAAGUGGAAAAACCAGAGAUCCUGCUUUUAUUCCCUCACCAAGCCCCUCCGUGUUCUCCUUAGCGCCCUCCCCUUUGGGCAUCUUGGAGUGGCUGGGGGGGCAAGGCAGGACAGCUGGCCCUCCCACCCACCCAGGAGGAGUGGGGACGGUGCCACCCUGGCCUGCAUCAGGGAAGGGGCCUGGCUCCAUUCUUAUGUCUUUUGUUGGAAUUCCAAGUGGCCUUGUGUAGCGUACACACACACACACACAUAUACACACAGAGGUUCCUUUUGGUCAGGGGAGACCAGGCUGCCCCGUGGCGGGGGGCUUGCCAACACCUGGUAUAAAUGUUAGAACAAGGGGAGUGGGUGCUGACAGCCUGGGCCCCGCGGUGGAGUGGGGCUGGGCUGACUGGGUUUCACCCCCUCCUCGGGGGGCGAAGGAAAAAUAGGUCUAGGGUCCCAGGGGAAAGGCCCUGAAGUAGUUUCUGGACCAAAACGGUCUUGCCUGAACCCUGGGCUCUGAGAGAACCCUGCCCGGUUCCCUCUUCUGGAGAGGAAAUGGAGAAAUCAGAACCACAGCCGGCACCUCCUGACUUCUCUGGCCAAUAUUUUCAGAAAGGCUGCACGGCUCCCUUGCUGCCAGGAAGUCCUUCCCGGUGUCUGACUCUCAUCCUUCUUGCUGCAAUGUCCAAUCAUUGGCGUUUCCUCUGGGCCUACCCUGAGAGGAGAGGCCAUCCGAGGACUAGAAUGCCUUGUUUCCCCCCCCCCCAGCCCUGCCCUGCCCUCUUCCCUCCAGGCGUCCCCCAAGACUUCCUGGAGGAGAAAGGUUGGAGGAACCCAGUUUGAACACAUAGGAGGAAGCGGCCGUGCAUGUCCACCCGCACGGUGCCAUUUCCAGAAAGAAACCGAAACCGAACUUGGCCUCCUCAGGCCGCCACCCAUUUCCCCUCCGGCCCUGGACAUCCCCGAAAGCACAGAUACCUCAUGUCCCCCCCCAAAACUUCCUCUCCUGCCACCCAGCUCUGGGGUCCCUCGUGUGUUUGUGCUGGCUGUCCUGAUCGGUGAUGAUGAUGACAAUGAUGGCUGUCGUUGCUGUUGUUUUGCGUCGUUGUUGUUUUUGGUGAACGCUGUGAUGUCGGGGAUCCCCCCCCCCACCCCCCAACCCGCCCUCCUGCCCAGGUGUGAGCUCCGGGGCCCGUGCCUCCACCUCCCCCCCUCAGUUCACUCAGCCCUGGCUUUGGGGGCUGCUUGGGAUGUGGCCUUGGGGCGGGACAGGUGCCUCCCCCCCCCCCCACACACACACACACAGUGUCGUCGUCCCCCCGACUCCACUCCCAGCCUUGGGACACACACACACACACACAUCUUACCUCUCACACUUAUUUUUUUAUGUUCAAAAUUGCUCGAUGGCUGGAAGUCUUUACCUCGAUGGGCUGGGCUCCUGCGGGGGCUGUGGAGGCCGG